CCCACCAACGGCUGCCAGUACUUGCCAGUCGAGCGGAGUACACUCGUCUGCUAGGACUGGAACGUGACAUCUCGACAUAACGUACAGUUUUCGCGAGUAAUAAGUUGCGGUGUGCUAUAAACAAAAUAAAUGACAUCCAGAUAGUACAUUCCAUAUCAUUGCGCACUGUGAUACAAGAUGGCGGGCAGUGCGAAAGCGAGUGUAGCUCGCAUUUUCCUUUUGCUGACCUUUCUGGGCGCCACACGCUCACAGUCGCUCUCCAACCCCACGUAUAAUCCAGAUGAAGUUUCUACAAACUUAGGCGAAGUCGAGUCCAGGGAAAACGGACCAGAUCUGGAGUUCCGUUAUCACGACCAUGAUCAGAUGACCAGAUAUUUACGAUCUGUGUCUGCGAGGUAUCCGGCCCUGACGGCGCUCUAUUCCGUCGGGAAAUCUGUACAAGGUCGAGAUCUCUGGGUGAUGGUGGUAUCGGCGUCGCCUUACGAGCACAUGAUCGGCAAGCCCGAUGUCAAGUACGUGGGCAACAUUCACGGAAACGAAGCCGUCGGUCGCGAGCUACUUCUGCACCUCAUACAAUAUCUUGUGACGUCAUAUGACACCGAUCCUUACAUAAAAUGGUUGCUGGACAACACAAGGAUCCACUUGAUGCCCUCGAUGAACCCGGACGGUUUCGCCAUCUCUAAGGAAGGACAAUGUGACAACACGUAUGGCAGACACAACGCUCGACGUUACGACUUGAACAGGAACUUCCCUGACUUCUUCAAGGCGAACACGAAGCAGCCACAGCCGGAGACCGAGGCCAUCAAGGAAUGGAUCAGCAAGAUUCAGUUCGUUCUGUCUGGCUCCCUGCACGGCGGUGCUCUCGUCGCGUCCUAUCCCUUCGACAACACGCCCAGUGCCAGUGGCCUGAACGCAGUGUUCCAGAGCUACGCGCACACUCCGUCCAUAGCGCCUGAUGAUGACGUGUUCCGUCACCUCUCACUGGUGUACUCCAACAACCACGCCAAGAUGUCCCGCGGAGUAUCUUGCAAGUCAGGCUCGCCUAGAUUCGAAAAGGGCAUCACUAAUGGGGCAGCUUGGUACCCUCUCACAGGUGGUAUGCAAGACUACAACUACCUGUGGCACGGAUGUAUGGAGAUUACGUUAGAGAUAUCCUGCUGCAAGUACCCCCCGGUGCAUGAACUAGCCAAGUAUUGGCAAGAUAAUAAACAGUCGCUUAUAAAAUACUUGGCUGAAGCUCACCGCGGUGCUCAUGGCUUCGUGAUGGACGAGAACGGCAACCCUGUGGAGCGAGCCAGCGUCAAAGUGAAGGGCCGUGACGUCACAUACCACACCACCAAAUACGGAGAGUUCUGGCGUAUACUGCUUCCCGGGACCUACAGGAUUGACGUAUCAGCAGAGGGUUAUUUGCCCCAAGAAGUUGAGUUCAUUGUCAUAGAUAGCCAUCCAACGCUACUGAAUGUUACUUUACAUUCCGCGAAGCGCAUAGACGGCGGGCCUUACUACCGGCCGGUGGCGUUACCGCCGCGCCCACUCUCUCCGCCCGCCUCGCCUGGCAUCUUCGCAUCGCUCACCAACUCCUUCAACAGUAUUGUCUCUAACAUCUUCGGAUAAACUCAAGCCAUUAAAAGCCUGUGUUCGAUAUACAAACGUUGACUGAUACAACUGUACAAUCGGAAUACUCAUUAAAGCUAAGCGUCCACUUGUCGGUAUCGUACGCAACGGACGUAUUGCACGCAACGGAUCGUAGUAUUAUUUAUAUAGAAACUCAAACAAGUGCGUCCACCUGACCGCAUCGUACGCAUCGCACAUCUUGUUUGAGUUUCUCUCGAUAACGACAAGUGGACGCUUAGCUUAAUACUAUCUAAUACAGGGAUACACCACGUGUUCACAACUCUCGAUAAAUGCUGUAUCUAAAGCUAUAGUAUUAGAAAUAUUUAAUAUUUAUAAGUUUAGAAAAAAGAAACCUGUACUGACAUAAUUAUUAAAAAGAACUAUUUAGAAUCUUGUUAGCACCUAGGCAUUUUCAGCUGCAUUACCCAGGUAUGACUGUAACUUGCUUAUUUAGCAUCACAUAGAUACUUUAGAAAGCUCUACGAGCGUGUUUUGUUUUAUGAACAUUAAAGUACGGUGCGAUCUGCCCCACCUUCAAGUUGGAAUUAAGAAUAAGAUCUGCAUUUAUUAAAAUAUGUUAAAAGCAAAAGUAUACUCACUCCGUAGCAAAUCAAGAAAUAAAUUCAACAUAAUCAAAUAGUGCUCAACCCCAAAAAGCAACGAUCUCUUACAAAAAGAUCAUAUUAUAUUUAAUUUAUAUAUAAGUUGUAAAUAUAAACUAGUGAUAAGAUUAGACGCUUAGGUUAAAUAAAAAAUAAUUUAUUGAUUA